UGCUUGUGUUUUCUUGCUGCAGCGUGUUGAACUCUCAGGGCCACCGUAGGCCUAUUAUAGAGACAUCACGCCAGGUAACGUUAACUGGAGGUGAAGUGGUCGUGUCUAGAAGGUAACCCAAAAAUUGCGAAAUCUGUAAAAAAAUAAAAAAAUUAAAAAAAUCAGCCGCACAAACUCUCGCGAGACUCACCUCUUGACAACCUCUCCUAACUACUGGAGAUCUGUGCCUAACCUCAACCAUCUCGCCAGAGUUCCCUUGGAGACACCAGCAGGUGAAGUCAGUGUGCGUUGAUUACUGACUUCAUGAGGAGGUGUGGAUGUUCACACAGUUUGAGGGGAAACCUUUGAGACUUUUUAAUCAUAAUCUUUGAAACUUGGACAUCUUAGCCUAAAUAUCAAUGGAGCAUCUGUGUUGGAAGACGACAAGUCCAGUUGGACUUAAUUUGACAUGGUUGAUGGACAUUUUGUCAACGUGGUCGCAGUUCUUCAAACACCUGGCAGUGUAAAGUUUGUCCUGUGGAGGGAGACACUGACUGUCUCAAUCAUCCAGUCAGGAUGUUUGUUCUCAUCUGGGCGACUCUGCUUUUCUCUGUGAGAGGCGGCGAUGCUGACACAGGUGCAUCAAUUUUGAGAGAAGACUGUACAAAUGGAUUCUGUAUCAGUCUUAGUGAAGGAGAAAUAACAGCAGAGGCUGGACUCUGUGUUGUGAUACCGUGUUCUUUCACCACCAUUUACCGCUUUACACCCCAACAUUUAGUUUGGCACAAAUGUGAACCAUCUAAACGAAGAUGUGGAGAUCUAGACAUCAUAUUCCACUCUAACAAGGACAACAAAAAGGUUCAGUCUGGGUUUAGAGGACGAGUUUCACUGUUGGAGCCUGACGUGAGUCGGAGGAACUGCAGCAUCAUCAUCAAUGACGUCAUUGAGUCCGACUCUGGAGCAUAUCAGCUCAGAGUUAAUGGUCUCCAGUAUGGGAGUGAGAGUGGAUUUACAUUUUCUCCAAGGACAAUUGUCUCUGUUAAAGAUCUGAUCCAGAAGCCCACAGUGAUGAUUCCUCCUCUGACAGAGGGACAGCAGACCACACUGACCUGCACUGCUCCUGGUCUCUGCUCUGGAUCUGAACCUAACAUCACCUGGACGUGGAGAGGAGCAGGAGAGAAGGCCUCUCACAUCACAGGAAACAUCACAGCUCUCAAGACCGAGAACCUGACUGCUGUCACACAGAGACACAGCUCAACUUUGAUGUUUAACCCUUCAGCUGAGCACCACGGCACUGAGGUCACCUGCAAGGUCAUCUUCACCAACAACAUCACUACGGAGGAGACAGUGACUCUGAAUGUGACCUAUGUGAAGCAAGUUAAGACCACUGGAAAUACAAGUGUGAAGGAGGGUGAGACUCUGAAUCUGACCUGCAGUGUUGACAGUUUCCCUCCAUCUCUCAUCACCUGGACUAAAUCUUCUGACGAAAACAUGCUAAAUGGAACCAAACCGAAUCUGCAGAUCGAAACUUCAACUGGUCUGCAGAACAACACUGAGACCUUCCCACAGGAAGAAAGUGGAAUGGGCACUUUUUCCAUCUCUAAUGUGACCAGAGAAUAUUCUGGACAGUACAUCUGCAGAGUAAAACAUGUGAAUAACACCCUGAUGGAAAACGUUGAUGUAACAGUGAUAUAUUUAGAGACACCUGUAAUCACUGGUGAUACAACUGUUAAGAAGGGAGAUGCCGUGAAUUUAACCUGCAGUGUUGAAAGUGUUCCUCCUCCGUCUCAUAUCACAUGGACUAUACUUGGCUCCAACAUAAACCUACACAACGGACCUGAUGCUGACCUGCAGAACGACAAAGGAUCCAACACACUUGUCAUCCCUAAUGUGACGGCAGAAGAUUCUGGACGGUACAUCUGUACAGCACAACACCUGGACGAGACUGUGACUGCAUAUGCUGAUGUAACAGUGACUUGGCUUUCAAAGAUCUUAAACUCUGGAUGUAUGAUUCUGUCGGAUGUCCUGACCUGUGUGUGCAUCAGCGAGGGGUUUCCUUUACCCACCAUCAAAUGGCCGCUGUUGGAGAACCACGCUGAGUACUCUGUCACCACCACUGUUUCCAACCACACAGUCAACAGCACCGCCACCCUAACUGUAAAAGACCACAGCAACACUUCUGUCGAGUGUGUCAGCAGCAAUGAAAAUGGGGAAGCAAAAGAAAACCUCACCGUCCAAAUAAACACGUCAGAAGAAGAGGAUCAAUCCAAACAAGUAUUAAAAAUGGUUUCACGGCUGGAAGUCAUCAUUGCCUUUUUGAUUGGGUUACUUCUUUCAGCAGUCCUUUGCUGUUUGGUAAAAAACUGCCACAGAAAAAAACAGAAGAGUUCUGGACAUCUGGAUGAGACUCUGGAGAUGGUGACCAGUCAAGAGGAUCCACUGAUAGACGCUGGUCAAGAAGCCGAAGAUGAUCAGACCUACUACCAAGAGACUGCUGAGCUAGAAGGAGGAGCUGAGGCGGCAGAGCGAGCGACCACUGACCUCAACGGUGGACCAAAAGAUGUGGAGUACGCCAGCAUUGAUUUCUCCGUGUUGAAAAGAAAGAGCCCCAGGAAGGCAGCAAAGACACAAGACACCACAGAGACGGAGUAUGCAGAGAUUAAGAAAGAAGUAAAAGAGGAAAGAGAAGGCAAUGACGGGGAGGAAGGUGAUGUGUUGGAGGGCAAAGAGGAGGAGACGAUGAUCAGGGAGGAUGAGGAGACACAACAUUGUGUUCCUGAAGAGGAGGAAGGGGAGGACGAGGAAGUGUACUCCAAUGUGAACGAUAUUAUGGGUGAGAUUUGAGGACUGUUGCGUUGUGGAGUUGCUUGAGGAUAAAGUUUCUUUGCUUUAAUGAGUUGUGAUGGACAGAUGAUGGACUGUUAAUCCGGUGACUGAACCACCGCAUUGAGCCUGAGGUAAACGGAAGAGACUGAGACACUUCACACCUCUACAUGUUAGGGGCUAUCCUAAUGCAUUCAUUCAACUAAAGGUGGACUGGAAGUUGGACAGAAUGACUUUAUUCAAGAUGUAUUGUGCUUCAAUGGGUUUACUUUUCAUAAACUUUCUAGGUAAAUUUACCCACAUCCAUGAAAAAGUUGACUCCGCCAUUAGUGCCAACACGUUCUCAUCUCAACUCGUCAUAUACGGACGCUUUGUCACAUGUGCUUAAUGACCCCUCGGCGUCGCUUUUUGGUCGCAGUAAACAUGCUUAAUAUUGUGAAUUAAACAAAAACACUUCCUUAGGAUUAGGCAACAAAACAACUGGAAAAAACAUGGUCGGGCUUAAAAUUACUACGUUUUCACAGUACAAAUGUGACAUUGUGAACAUAGGACACAAACUGAUUGUUAAGUGAAAUUGAAACUUAAGACACGGGAAAAAAACAGCGGCGUCCUGGAUGAAAGCUCUGUGUUUGUUGGACACAUCCACCUCUCCUCCAGUCCGCCCUGUGUGUCUCUUCCGCUCUUUAUAAUACAUCACCACAGCACUUUCCCUGUUCGUUUACUGUUGCCGCGGAUGGGUUUACAUUAUAUUUAAUGGAAAGCCCGGUGCGUCUCCUACCACGGCAAAAGUGUGCCUUGUGCAGCGGUGUCGAACGCCGACGACAGUGACGAAGCAUCGGUAUUUGACGCCUUGGGAAUGAGAACGAGCUGUUACUGCUGUGGUGUGUAAAAGGACAAACACCUCCGUCCUCUCAGCUCUGAGAGACAAAGUGUACCUUUGUUUAAUAUAUUUUAUUUAACUAGGAUAAGCAUGUGCUUUUCUUGUUUGUUUGUUGUACAGAAAUCCCUCAUUGUUUCUAUGGACAUGUUUUCUUGCUGAUUUGCGAUGGAGGGAUAGUGACACAACGAAUUUCCUACUACAAAAAGACGAUAUUUUGUAGACAAUUAGUGGAUCUGUCUAACUCCGACUGCUGAAGCUUCUUUAGGAUGCUUGUUUUCACAGAAUGAGGACUGUAGAUUCUGUCCUCAUCUCUUACAGUGGAAUAACUUUAGGAUGGGAUCUCUUUAGGGUCAGUGUGGACAGGAACAACAAUUACAGAAAUGUUGAUGUACAUGACAUACAGUAUGCGUGUUAGUAUUAUU